AUGCUGUCGAGUCAAACAAAAGAUGAAGUCAACGCUGCUGCCAUGUAUCGACUUAAAAAAUAUGGGUGCAAUGUGGAUGCAAUGAUCAAAAUUCCAACCGCUGAGCUGGAAAAACUCCUGUGUCCUGUUGGAUUUUACAGGAAAGCUGUUUUCGUUAAAAAAGCAGCAGAGGUUCUCAAAGAGAAGUAUGAUGGUGACGUUCCGGACACUCUUGAGGACCUCUGCGCUCUGGCUGGUGUUGGGCCAAAAAUGGCGAACCUUGUAUUACAAAUCGCAUGGAAUAAGGUUGAAGGCAUAGCGGUGGACACUCAUGUGCAUCGUAUUGUGAAUCGCUUAGGAUGGAUGAAAACGAGUACACCAGAGCAAACUCGGGUCAAGCUGCAGGAGAUGCUACCCAGAUCUCAGUGGACAACGAUAAAUCCUCUACUCGUUGGCUUUGGACAACAAAUAUGCCUACCUUUGGGACCUAAAUGUGACUCAUGUUUAUGUCAAGGUAUAUGUCCGUCCGUCGUCGUCAAAACUGUGAAAAAAACGACGAAGACAAAAAAGUAA